UUGCCGAGAUAAGGACACCCUGGCUAAAGGUACAUCAGAUAAUGGCAUUGGUGGCCAAGUCGGUGUCCUGCUGUCUCACAGGGGACUCCGGGGCUGGGCAAAAUCAGACUGGGCACUCCCACUGGGUCCUCAGUUGAAGCCACUCUGGAGAGGGACAGGCCACUAGAAAAUUGACUUGCCUUUGUUUCCUGCUGGCCAUGAGUGAAAUGCCCUUUCUGAGUCCAGAAGGGGCUGGAGGGCCUCACAUCAACAGAAGUUCUCAGAGCUCCCUGGAGGAGGGAUCUAUUACUGGCUCGGAGGCUCGGCACAGCCUGGGUGUCCUCCAUAUCUCCUUCAGUGUCAGCAACCGUGUCGGACCCUGGUGGAACAUCAAAUCCUUCAAGCAGAGGUGGGACAGGCAAAUUCUCAAAGAUGUCUCCCUGUACAUCGAGAGUGGACAGAUAAUGUGCAUCCUAGGCAGCUCAGGCUCAGGGAAAACCACGCUGCUAGAUGCCAUCUCUGGGAGGCUGCGACGCACGGGGAUCCUGGAAGGGGAGGUUUUUGUGAACGGCCGUGCACUGCACAGGGACCAGUUCCAAGACUGCUUCUCCUACGUCCUGCAGAGCGACGUCUUUCUGAGUAGUCUCACGGUGCGCGAGACACUGCGCUACACGGCGAUGCUGGCCCUCCGCCGUUGCUCUUCUGACUUCUAUGACAAGAAGGUAGAGGCGGUCAUGGAAGAGCUAAGUCUGAGUCACGUGGCAGACCGAAUGAUUGGCAAUUGUAAUUUUGGUGGGAUUUCCAGUGGCGAGAGGCGCCGAGUCUCCAUUGCAGCCCAACUCCUUCAGGACCCUAAGGUCAUGAUGUUUGAUGAGCCGACCACAGGACUGGACUGCAUGACUGCAAAUCAGAUUGUCAUACUCUUAGCAGAGCUGGCUCGAAGGGACCGCAUUGUGAUCGUCACCAUCCACCAGCCUCGUUCUGAGCUCUUCCAACACUUCGACAAAAUUGCCAUCCUGACUUAUGGAGAGUUGGUGUUCUGUGGCACGCCGGAGGAAAUGCUCGGGUUCUUCAACAACUGCGGUUACCCUUGUCCUGAACAUUCCAACCCCUUUGACUUCUACAUGGAUUUGACGUCAGUGGAUACCCAGAGCAAAGAGCGAGAAAUAGAAACCUACAAGCGAGUCCAGAAGCUCGAAUCUGCCUUCAGAGACUCUGCAAUCUGUCACAAAAUCCUGGAGAAUAUUGAAAGAGCGAAACACCUGAAAACUUUACCCAUGAUUCCUUUCAAAACGAAAGAUCCUCCCGGAAUGUUCUGUAAGCUGGGUGUCCUUUUGAGGAGAGUUACAAGGAACUUAAUGAGAAACAAGCAGGCGGUGAUCAUGCGUCUCGUUCAGAAUCUCAUCAUGGGUCUGUUCCUCAUUUUCUACCUUCUCCGGGUCCAAAACGACAUACUAAAGGGUGCUAUCCAGGACCGUGUGGGUCUCCUGUACCAGCUUGUAGGCGCCACCCCUUACACCGGCAUGCUCAAUGCUGUGAAUCUGUUUCCCAUGCUGAGAGCUGUCAGUGACCGAGAAAGUCAGGAUGGCCUGUACCGGAAGUGGCAGAUGCUGCUGGCUUACGUACUGCAUGCGCUUCCCUUCAGCAUCAUCGCCACUGUGAUUUUCACCAGUGUGUGCUACUGGACUCUGGGCUUGUAUCAUGAGGCUGCCAGAUUCGGAUACUUCUCUGCUGCUCUCUUGGCCCCGCACUUAAUUGGAGAAUUUCUAACUCUCGUGCUGCUUGGGAUGGUCCAAAACCCCAACAUUGUCAACAGUAUAGUGGCUCUGCUGAGUAUUUCGGGGCUGCUCAUUGGAUCUGGAUUUAUCAGAAACAUAGAAGAAAUGCCUAUUCCUUUCAAAAUCCUGAGUUAUUUUACAUUCCAAAAAUAUUGUUGUGAGAUUCUUGUAGUCAACGAGUUCUACGGGCUGAAUUUCACUUGUAUUGCCUCCAAUACCUCCAUGCCAAAUCACCCAAUGUGUGCCAUCACCCAAGGAGUCCAGUUCAUCGAGAAGACCUGCCCGGGCGCCACGUCUAGAUUCACAGCCAACUUUCUGAUCUUAUACGCAUUCAUCCCCGUGCUUGUCAUCCUAGGGAUAGUGGUUUUCAAAGUCCGGGACUACCUUAUUAGCCGAUAGUUAAGAUCUCAGCCAGGAAAGUGUUUAAUGGGCAGCUGUGGACAACAGAGGAGUGCCAGCUUCUAACCACUGCGAUUCCAUUUGUGACCCUUGCAUCUAUCCAGGCUCCCAAGCGCAAUGGAAAAACUGCUCACAGUCUGUUGCUAUGCCAGCUUGUGGGGAGAUGUGUUACUUGGAAAAUGUGACUGAGCUGGUCCAAGGUUGUAAAUAAUAAUAACAAUAAUAAUUCAUAAACCUAUGGGAGAUUAGUUUGACUAUGUGUUUUUUCUAGACACAGAAAAAUAAGCCUGUUUUAAAAAUUAUGUUUACAUUUGAUAAAGAAUUUGAUAGAACGAACGUGCGUGUGAUUACUGACUGAGCAGUACAGGAAAAAAAGUUCUGGUUUGCCUGAGA